AUGUUACUCCUCAAACAAUCCACCGCCAUAAGCAACCCCACCAACUUUCUCCACCGCCUUAUCUCCCUGUCAACGGAAACCCGUCACAGCCUCCGCUCCUUUCUUCUUCUACCCUUUGCUCCCUCCACCGCCAACCACUUCCUGAUCCUUUUUAUUCGGGAACAGUUCGUCGCCACCGCCAUCCUAUCCGGUCUGGCAGGGUUACCUCCUCGGUUUGAUCGUGUUGCCGUUUCCACCAACUUCGAUUACCCUUCUGUCUUCAGUCUUCGUCUCCAUUGCAACCGUAAACAACGGUUUCGCUUACGGCUUAGGCUCCAUCUCUCAAAACAUAGAAACUUGCGAUACAUGGAGCUUAGGGGGUUUAUAUCUCCUAGAAUUGGUAAACUCACUAGACUACAAACACCUAAACCAUACCCCUCCUAUUUCACUCUUUUGCUUCCUUCGAUCAAUGGAAAGCAGGUCGUAGGGAAGGUUAUAGCAAAUGAUGUGGAUGUACAACGAUGCAAACUUCUUAUUCACCAAACAAAGAGAAUGUGCACUUCUAACUUGGCUGUGACGAAUCACGAAGCACAAUAUUUCCCGAGUUGUCGCUGGAAAAAGAAUAAUACCACAAAUGGUUCUGAUUUGGGGGGUAUGAGUAUGACUGAACUUUUAUUUGAUCGUGUGCUCUGUGAUGUUCCAUGCAGUGGAGAUGGUACUCUCCGUAAGGCCCCUGAUAUUUGGAAAAAAUGGAGUAUGGGGAUGGCCAAUGGUGUCCAUUGUCUGCAACUUCAGAUAGCCAUGCGAGCUUGGCCACAAGUAUCACCUCUGUCACAGCCACAACAGCCACAUUAGAAAUAACAACCUCCAUUGCAACCCCAACAACAAGAAGGACGGGUAGAACAAAAUGUUGUUCGUGUUCAGUCUCCUAAUUAGGUUAAUAGUGAUAAUGGUGUAAAGGAGGUGGAAACAGAAACAAAAGCAAAAGCAGAAGCUGAGAAUGCGGAUGACUCGCCUACAUUUUGGACAGCAUGUCCUUACUGUUUCUACACGUAUAAGUAUCAAAGGGUAUAUCUGAUUGAUCAAAUAAACAAAUAGCUGAUCAAAUAACAUUUACAAAGAACAAACAACGGAAAAAACUGUAGCAUCCGACCCCCGCAACGCGGGGGUUCCCCAUCUAGUUAACUAU